GGGAGGGAGCAGAGGAACUGGACAGGAGCAGCAAGGAACAAGUCACAUUUGGGAGGGAACUGUAAAAAAAAAAAAAAAGAAUCAGCAGAGAACAUUGCGAAAAUCGAUAAAGAGAGUGUAACUCAGAGAGUCCUGGGAGUGACGCCCCCCACAGGGUUCGGAUUGGGCACGCAGCAUACUCUUCCGUUGUCCACACCUAUGAGGUCUACAGGACCAUGUCAUCGGACAGUGGAUCCUCGUUGUCUGCAGCGGAGGAUCAGCUCGCCGUAGUCCAGCGGUACUAUGUUCUACAAGCUGAGCAAGAGGGUACACAGAAAAGAACGUUCUCCAACUGGGUGAACUCACAGCUGUCAAAGCACCCGCAAUCAUCUAAUGUAAAAGACCUAUUUGUCGAUAUUCAAGAUGGCCACAUCCUCCUGGACCUACUUGAAGUUCUCUCUGGGGAAGGCUUGCCCCGUGAGAAAGGCAAAAGCAUCUUCCAGGCAAGAAGUAACAUAGAAUCUGCCCUGAACUUUUUAGGGAGCCGAUCUAUCAAGCUCAUAAAUAUUCAUGUGGAAGACAUCAUUAGCGGAAAACCGUCUAUUGUGCUUGGCCUGAUAUGGCAAAUCAUUUUACAUUUCCAUAUUGAAGGCCUGGCAAGCAUUUUGUCAGGUACAGAUGACCAGCAACCAGUGAAGUGCGAGACAAAAAAUGGAGUCUCUCCAACUGCAAGCCCAUCGCCAAAAAGGAGUGCCAAGUCUAGAUGGCAGACGUCUGCAAAGAAAGCUCUUCUACAGUGGGCGCAGGAACGGUGCGCUCAAUUGGGAUCUAUUAAUAUAAAAGAUUUUACGUCCAGCUGGAAAAAUGGCAACGCUUUCCUGGCAAUCAUUCAGUCCUUGAGACCGGACCUCAUUGACAUGGACACGUUACAGGGGAAGUCCAAUGAGGAAAAACUGCAAGAGGCGUUCAGAAUAGCAGAAAAUGAAUUAAAAAUCCCCAAACUCAUCGAGCCAGAAGAUCUUACUGUUCAGGAUCCUGAUGAAAAAUCAAUUAUGAUGUACGUGGCGCAGUUUUUACAGUAUUCCAGAAACAAGGAAGAGCCCACAAGUGAUAUGUCGGCUCAACUUAAUAAAGCCAUGGAAUGGUUGAAUCAGCAGGAGCAGAAACUCAAAACGUUAUUUUCUGAAAUGAAAGAUGAGACCUAUACCAAAAAAUACCAGGAAAUCUUGUUAUUCAUGAGAAAAUUUAAUGAGCAGAAACGAACCUUCAUGUCUGGGUUGGCGGUGGAAUCUCUUCAGGAUGAGGAGCAACUGCUUAUUAAGCAGUCACUUGAAAAUAUCACACUCCAGAUUGCACAAUGGAAGAAGCAGUUGGAUAGGAGUUUGCCACCACCUCUGGACAGUAUCGAGACAUGGCUCACAGAGGUGGAAACCCUGAUGUCCCAGGCUUUGCCUGAAUCCGGCUCUCAUUAUAAUACAAUGUCUCUACUCCAGGCUUUAUCUGAAGCCUUUAAGGCUUUAAUGGUUGAUGCGAAAAAUUACAUAGAGAGUCUCAGAUCGUUCAAGAAUGUAGAUGAUAGCGGAGUCAUAAUUGUGCCAACUGAUAAGAUGGAAGAGAUGAGAACCAGGUUGGAGAAGAUGUUAGCGGCACACUUCAGUGUUCUUGUGGAUUACCGCUGUGCCGGACACUAUGUUCUUGCUCUUUUGGAGGAAGGGAGACCUAAGCUAAAGUCUUGGAAAGGGAAGUACAAGUCUCAAGAGUCUGUGGAGGUCCUACUGGCAGAUUACAAGGAAUUUGUUGAGGGCAAACAGUCCAUGGUCCGUCUGGAGACAGCGUUUGAGAAAUUCAAAGAACUUCAUACUCUGCUGCUGACCACAGAUGACUAUUCGGAUGACCCUGAAAUAUCAAAACAAUAUGAAGUCAUAGAAUUAAAGUACAAGAGAUUUGUGUCAUCGGCCCACAACGUAGAAUCUACCCUGGAGCAAGUACUAACCAGCUGGACUCACUUUGAGAAUAACAUGAACUUGAUCACAGCUUGGCUGGAUGAACAGCAGAGGAUCACACCAUCCAAUGUUCCUAUGGAGAUUCUUUCCAAAUGGAAAUCUGUGCACAAGUCUUUAAACAGGGACAGUGACUUCCUGGUGGAGAGGACAUAUGAGAGAACCGCCUCCAAGAUAGAGCACAGGCUGAAGACAUUGAACAGUCGAUGGACCAGAUAUGUUAGGCAGUAUAAGGAAAAGAAGGUCAGCAAUGGCACCACUGCUGAAGAGAAUUUGGGCGAUGACUCUACAGAAUACGUUUCCAAGGCUCAAUCAGAUAUUUCUGCUCAUUCCCCCAGUCUGUAUAUUCAGAGUUUACAGAAGAGCGGGGAAGAUGCCAGAACAGCAGAAAUGUACUCCGAAGUCCUCAGCCACCUUGAAGCAGGGGAGAAAGUUAUUGAGGCUGCAGACAACUGGUCUGGGAAGGCCGAGCAGUUUUUGAGUGACCUUGAUGAAAAGGAGAACACACAAGAGCCUUCAAGAGUAGAGAUUCAGGAUUUCUGUCAAGAUGGGGUUUCUUGCCAGGAGCAGCUAGAGAAGGCAGAAGUGAUGGUGCAAGAUCUGACACAACUUCUCUACGGUCAGAAGGAUUUACAGCGCUUUGACUUAGACAGAUGGAGGCACAAUGUUGUCAGAAGCCGUGAGCGAGUUCAGGAUCUCGUCUCUAGAAUGAGUUUGGUUCUGCACCCCCCAGAACAAAGUUUAUCCGAAGAAGACAUAAAGAAGAACUUUGAAGGUUCAAAGACCACCCUGGAAACCUACAUAACAAAAGCACUGAGCCUGCUGGGACAGAGGGUAACUCCGGAGGAGUUCAUCGCACAGUAUGAGACCUCCCUCAGGAAAUUUGCAAGUCAAGACUUGGAACGUUUCCUGAAAGCCACUGAGCACAUGAAAAAUAUUUCAUCCUCUACGAAAGAGAAGUCAAUGGUGGAAAAAGUCAGCACAGAUGUCAGGGAUAGAUGGAAGGUUGUCCAUGAUGACUUGGAGGCCUAUGUCAGUGAAUUAAAAGUGCAUACAGAGAAGAAGAAAUUUGAUGAACUGAUUUGUAGACUUGACAAGCAAAUGUUUAAGGAGAAAAAGAGUGCUGGUGUUGUGGACGUAGAGGAGCUCAUCGGAGAGCAUGAGGUUUCCUUCUCUGAUCGUGGCUGUUUAGGAGAACUCAAUCAGUGCUUACAGACAAUGCAAACUCUGGAUGACAGACUCAGGACAAGUGCUGCUCCUACAACUUUUACUGCGUUGAUUAUAGAAUGCACAAAAAAGAAGGAGGAACUUAUUAAAAAUGCUGAUGAAAUCUACCUUCAUCUGCAGUCUAUUCUGGGAAAAAAUAAAAUUGAUAAAAAAAAUCUUGCAUCAGCUGAAAAUGGAGUGAAGUCACCCCUCAACAAAACCGAGGAGGUAUGUGAAACACACUAUAUGCUGCAAGAAUUCAACCUGGCCAAAGAAAAUGGGUCAACCCUCGAAAUGCUGCUACAGAGAUAUGAUGCAAAAAAAAGUGAUCUAGAAUUGCUAUUACAAAGCUCAAGAGAAAAACUGGUCACCGAAAGCCCAAAAGAAGCCCAGGAAGUGAAGGAGCUUCAGUGUAAGCUUCAUGAACUGCAGAUUUUACUGGAUCAAGUAAACAGAAGCUGGAUGGAGUUUGAAGCCACAUCACAGGAAGUAGAGAGGCUUCUGCACGGGACUGAGAAGAAGAAGGUUUCUGAGACCAGACACUCCCUGCAGUAUUCCUUGUUAAUUGUUUCUGAGGAAAUUAAAAGCCGAAUCCAAUCUCUGAGCACCACAAUAAAUGUCCUCCUGCCCAUCGAGGAAGAAGUGUCUUUAUUAUGUGAAUCAAGUGGACAGACUCCAGACCGUGAGGUCGAACAAUUCACGAUUUCCAAAAUUGCUUCUGUAUAUCAGGAUCUGCAGGAUGUGCAGAGUUCAGUGAAAGAUCAUAUUCAACAGUGUCACAACCUGGAAUCCAUUACUGAGGUCGUCGAUCCAUCGAGUUCAGUAGAUGCGCUGGCUGUCCAGUCUGUCGUGCAUCAAUACAAAACUAAAUUAGAGGCCACAAAUGAGAUAAUGAAAGAACGAGAGGUUCUUCUGAAAGCUCUGGAGGCAUUUAUAUCUUCUCUGGCUGCAACGAAGCUGGCCAUCCAGUCUGAAGCUAGAGCGCUUGGAAAUGACAAAACUGCUCUACUGCAAAAGCAGAAGAACCUUGACAAACUACGUGAGGAGGUUCACAGACUGAGACAAGAUGCUGAAAGGCUGGACAGACAUCUAGAAGCAGCAGAGAUCUUCCUGGAAAACCCAGAACGAGGAGGACCAACAUCAUGCCAGAAAAUGCUUGAUGGGUUCUUUGAAAAUAUAGAAAUGGUAGAACAAUCUAUUUUGGUGGAGUUAAGAAAUUUGGAAAUCGGAGCGGCUUCUGGGGUACAACCAUUAAAUGGAGCCUUAGAUCAUUCCACACAAAGUGAGAUGGAGCAGUUCACAGUAUCAAAGAUAGACACCGUUUUGCAAGAGAUUAAGGAUGUCCAGAGCACCUUUGACUUUGAGAUCCAACAUCUGGAUGGUUUGGACACUGAAUCCACUGAAUCCAUCACAAAAUACAAGACCGAGCUUCAAGAGACAAGUGAAGCAAUGAAAGAACGAGAGACAACUCUUAAAUCCCUGGAAGCAUUUCUGUCUUCUCUUAAAGCAACAAAAAUGUCCAUUGAAGCUGGAUUCCCAGUACCGGGCAUGGACAGGACUACUUUGCAAGAGAAACAGCUGAGGCUUGAGUAUUUAGAAAAGGAUGUCUAUCUUCUGGGUCAAGAAGCAGAGACGCUUGAUGACUCUAUGCAAGCUGCUGGAAUUCUCCUAGAAGAUCCAGAAAAUGGAGGGGAAACUUCAUGCAAGAAAAUGAUAAGCGGUUUCUUUGAGAAGUUAGAAAGUGCCCAGCAAGCUGUCCAGAGAGAACAUCAGAAGCUUCAGGAGACAGAGACCUUCGAGCAACUAAACAAGCGUCUGAAAGACUUGAGCAAAAAUAUUGAAGAUAUUCAGGAUCAAGCUGAUGAAAUUGGGCUUCGAGAUCCAACUAUUCAUGGUGUGCAACAGCGCAUGAAAUUUUUGAUAACGCUGGAGAAAAAGUUGGAGACAUUUGGCCACGAAAAGAAAUCCAUCUCUGAUGCCUUUCAAGAGGUUUUUCAGAGUUCACAAAGAAAAGAUUUGACUGGGUGUCAGGAGUGUGAGGAAUUGUGGGAGGACACAAAGCAGCACCUUGCCCACAGCAAAGAGGAGUGUGAAGUGAUAAUCGAACUCCUUCGCAAGUACCAGCAUUACAGGACAACACUGACUUCUUUGAUUCAGAAAACAGAGACUACAAUUUCUCAUCAGUCAUCCUACAUUGGAAAAGACAACCUUCAUAAAAGGAUGAUGAAGGUCCAAGAGCUCAAGCAGGAGAUUGAGGAACACUUUGAAAAUGUAGACGAGAUGAAUACCAUCUGCAAAAAGCUACAGUUUCAGAUCAGUAAGAUAAAAAGAUUUGAAGAUGCGCCAUUCCAGUCGGAAGCCAACACCCUCAUCGACAAGUGGUUAGACGUAUGUGAAAAACUUGACAGCUAUAAUGAAAACCUAAAAAGUGCUGUCUGCUUAUGGAACAAAGUUCUUCAUCUCUCAAAAGAGCUGGAGCCAUGGAUGGAAGAAAAAGUCAAGUGGCUUCAAAGUGCAAACCUCACAAGCGAGGAUGUCCGAUUGCUCCAUACUGAGCUCCAGAAUCAAGAGAAACGUCGGGAGGAAAUCCGUAAGAAAUCCACAGAAAUACAGAAACUUUUACAAACUGACGAACUUCCCUUUGAACUACAGGUCAUAAAUACAUCACUGGGGAAUAAAAUCACUGUAUUAUCUGCGAUUGUGGUCGAAAAAUCUGGAAAUGAGGAUUUAUCACUGGUGGCACCAGCGUGGGAUUCAACAGAUAGCAGUUCGGUGGCUGCGGAAUUACCACAGAUUACAAGAUAUGAGCCUGUAAACGGAGAGCCACAAGCUCAGACACAACUGGAGACCUCUGGUAUGGAGGUAGAGGCUGAGGCUCCACCGAAAGAGAGACAGCAAAGUCCUGCCACAACUCUGGUGGAGGAACCCAGCAGGGCUGACGUUCAGGAGGAACCACAAGGAGAGGAAAGGAGUGAAUAUUUAGAAGCUAUAAGGCCGAAGCUGGCAGAGCUACAGAAGAGACGGGAAAAGCUAAGCAUGGCCCUUCAGCCUCGAUUACAGGACAAUGUAAAACAGCUGGCCAGUUUCAGAGAGCUUCUCCAGGAAAGUCAGGACAUGAUGGGUCCAUUAGAAGAUUCAAUGUCAAAGGAGUUAUCUCCUGCUGCUUCUUACAGUCCUGGACUUCAUGGUAACUGGCUGGAAAUGAAGAUGCUACUGGAAACAUUCAUUUUGGAAUUGCAUGAUACAAUGCAGUUACUGGAAAGGCACCUCGAAGGACACCGGCAAUAUGAAAGUCUCUCCGCCACCCUGAAUAACAAAAUGACAAGUUUUUAUGAAGAGCUUCUUAAUUUUAGCCGCUCAUCACGGGAAAACGCACCGUGCGAGCUGAAGAGACAGAAAUUACAGGCUUUGCGCGACCAAUAUGAAGGUUUGCAGAGUGAUCUAGAUCAGGUGUCUCAGCUAGCAGAAAAUGUAAAGCAGACCUCCUCUUCAAAGGGGGUUGCAAGGAUCCAGGAGGCGAUGGACAUGCUUCACAGCAAAAUGAGAGGAUACUUAGAGCGAAUAGAUCAUCUGACGCAAGUGAUCGAGCAGCCUCCUGUGAUUGAGAAGCGCAAGGGGAAGAAGACCAAGAAAGGAUCUAAGAAGAAGUUAGAGCCUCAACGGUCAGCCGAGGAAACUUCACUGAAAGCUGAGGACAACUUAGUGAAGGCUACAGUGUCCUCUCCAGUACAGCCUUCUGUGCCCACUACGGCCCAAAGCACGGAGAAGGCUUCUGUGCAGGAUAUGGUACAACCUUUAGCACAAGAUGCAGAGGAUUUAUCAUUGCGUCCUCAAGUGGAGAGUUUAGUACAUUUGACAGAGGAACAUAUGUUACAGUCUUCAGGAGAACCAUCUGUACAAUCUGCUCAGGAUUUCUUUGAGCUUUCAGCAGGGGAACCUCAGCACAUAUCUGCUUUGAAGAAGUUAGUACAGACAGGGGUAGAGGUUUUGGUUCAGCCUACAGUGGAACAUUCAGGACAAUCCUCUUUAAAACAAUCUUUGCCGUUUACAAUGGAAACUGUAGCACAGCCAAUUCUGAAAACUUCAAAGCAUCCUGAAGCUGAAACCUCGCAAUGUGCAGUUGUACCUCCAGAACAAAGUACUCUAAAACUGUUAGUGCAGCCUAUAAUAGAUCCAUCUAUGCACCUGACAGAAGAACCAUUAGUGCAGCCUACUAUGCAUCCUUUAGAAAAACCGUUAGUGCAGCCUACAGAAGAGCCGUCAGUGCAGCCAGAAGAAGAACUGUCAGUGCAGGCUGCAGAAGAAGAACUGUCAGUGCAGCCUGCAGAAGAGCUAUUCGUGCAGGCUGCAGAAGAGCAGUCAGUGCAGCCAGAAGAAGAACUGUCAGUGCAGCCUACAAGAGAACAAUCGAUGCAGCCUACAAGAGAACAAUCGAUGCAGCCUGCAGGAGAGCCGUCAGUGCAGCCUGCAGAAGAGCAGUCAGUGCAGCCUGCAGAAGAGCCGUCAGUGCAGCCUGCAGAAGAGCAGUCAGUGCAGCCUGCAGAAGAGCCGUCAGUGCAGCCUGCAGAAGAGCAGUCAGUGCAGCCAGAAGAAGAACCGUCAGUGCAGGCUGCAGAAGAGCCGUCAGUGCAGCCUGCAGAAGAGCUGUCAGUGCAGCCUGCAGAAGAGCAGUCAGUGCAGCCUGCAGAAGAGCCGUCAGUGCAGCCUGCAGAAGAGCCGUCAGUGCAGCCUGCAGAAGAGCAGUCAGUGCAGCCUGCAGAAGAGCAGUCAGUGCAGCCAGAAGAAGAACCGUCAGUGCAGGCUGCAGAAGAGCCGUCAGAGGAGCCUGAAGAAGAGCCGUCAGUGCAGCCUACAGAAGAGCCGUCAGUGCAGGCUGCAGAAGAGCCGUCAGAGGAGCCUGAAGAAGAGCCGUCAGUGCAAAUAGUGGAACCUUCAAUGCUUUCCGAUGUUAAACAUUUGGAAGAGCCUACCUCAGAUCAAUCUGUUGUGGUAUCUUCAGUGCACUUUGAGCUGGAACCUUCAGUCCAAUCUAACAUUUCAAUAAUAGAACAAAACACAGUAGAAAUACCAAGACACCCUACAGUAAAGCCAACAGAAACAGCGCUUGUGCACCAUACAGAAACCUCCGUUCAGUCUAUAGAAAACCAUUUAGUGCAAAAUAUAGAAGCCCUUUCAUCAGGGUCUUCAUCAAAUCUUCCUACGCAUGAAUCUUUAUUACAACCUUCUGUGCAGCCUACAAAAGAGCUUAAAACGCAGUCUGCACAGGAGCAUUCAAUGGAGGCACUUGUGGGAGCUUCAGUGCAAAUGGCAGCAAACACUGCUGCAGAACUCCCUUCUGUUCAAGACCCUUCAGUACAAUCUGUGCUGGAAGCUGUAGGAAAACCUAUAGAUCCCAAUACACUGCAGCCCACAGACCAAUCCGAAUAUCAAUCUGUGCCGAAACCCACCGACACUGGGAGUGCGAAGGAAAAGAAAUCCUCAAAAGGCAGAAAGAAAAAAAAGGUAAACGCUGGAUCAGUCAGAAAACAAAUGGUGGAAAGCAAAGGGGUGAAAGAAGCCAUAACAUCAGUGCAAAAGACGGACACGAAGAGUCACCGCUCGGAGAGCGCCGACGGUGGAAAUGUUCGCCAGGAGCAUUAUGUAGAUGUGACGGACGGCUGGAGAGACGCUGCCGAGGAAAAAGCAUUAGAAGAAGCAGAAGCAGGAUGGCAGGAGGCCAGUGGUCAAGUGCAGGCGCUUCUACAGGACUGUAAUUCCUACAGCAGUUCUCCGGAGACCCCGGGAAACAACACGACGGUCAGCGCCGAAGACUCCCCUAACGUCUCAGGUUUGAUAACCACAGUGGAGGAAAGGGCUGAAACGCUCCCAGACGACGGGAGAAGGCUUGUCACUUUACACAGGCUUCAGGGUAUUGUCAGUGAUCAGAAGACCUCCGUUCGGGAUGUUCCAGCAUCAGAGCCUCUUGGUGUCCAAACAGAAUCUGAAACAUUAUCGAAGGAACUUCAGCCUUAUAUCGCAGUUUACCAGCAGGAGGCGCUGGAGGUUUUCUCACAAAUUUCACAGAUCUUGGGAGAGGAGCUAUUGCAAGCAAAACCUCUGGAAAAGCUUGCCAGCAAGUUUAAGCUCGACGAUGUUCGAGUAGAGAAGAAAAUGCUGCCUGAAAAGAGCCAACAGGAGUGCUACAUGGAAGACCUGAAGAAGAACAUUAAGAGGUUUUCCAAAGAACCGAUCCAAUUAAAUGUGAUGGAACUAGACCAAGAGAUUCAAGAGAUCGAGAAACUCUAUGACAUGACAAAUCUAGAAGAUUCAUCAUUUCAACGAGAGCCACGAGAUGAGGAUGUAGAAAAAUCUGAGAUUUCACCGUCUGAACUUAAAGACCUCCUAAAUAGACUGAUGGCACUGAAAACUGAAAAGCAAACACUGCGUCAAGAACUAAUGAACUUCCAGAAUGCUCUGAGUACAGUCAGACUGUCAUACCAAAUGUUAACCAAAGAGAAGGAAAAUCUCAAAAUGUCAUCUACUGAAGGUCACCAAAGACAUCUGGAUAAAUUGGGAGAGUUCCUUGAUAAACUAGCCAAAGAAAAAGAUACCUUAAGAGUGUUGAUAGCUCAGCAGUCCAAUAUUGGAGGCUGUGGGAUAUCAUGGAAAGGCAAGGAUGAAAUAGAUGUAGAUAUCAGACAACUUGAAGCAUUUUGGGAACAAAUGGAACUCAACAUUCAUAGAGAACGUGAUCGGCUGGUGAAAGAAACAGAGGAACUUCAGUUUCUUCAGCAGAAAGCUGACCACCUCCAAAGUAUCAUUAAAGUCCAACAAGACUUACUUGAUCAACCGACUCCCUCUCCAGAAGAUAUAAUGAAAGUAUCUUUACUUCUCUCCACUGAUGUAGAAGCCAUCAAACAUCUGUGUUCCUCAUUGAGGAAUGCUUGUGACUUGCAAAUCAAGAGGUCUUGGGGUGCCAAUGAACGUAGGACUUUGGAAUGUUCUUUAGAUAACCUACAAAAAUCUUUGGAAAAUCUAGAGGAACGAGUGAAGGACCAACAGUUGACUCGGUGUCAAACCCCAGACUCUUUGCUAGAUCAAUACCCAUUUCUACAACCUUUAUAUGACUCCCACAUCUGGAUCAAGAAAUUACAAAAUACGAUCACAUUUGAUCAGGCUAUCGCCCUUCUGCCAGGAGAUGUAGAGCAGCAGAUCGCAACUUCAAAAAACGUGCACCAAGAAAUUUUGGACCGGAAGUCUACUGUCAACUCUGUUAUUGAGAAGUCAAAACACAUAUCACAAGGGAUCAAUCCAGCAGCAUUCAAAGAUAUUUGCUCUUUCUUCCAACAAUUGCAGGAAUUAUAUCAGGAAGAAAUAAUACAAUCAGUUGGCCGAUUGCAAAAGCUCGAAUCUGGGCUGGAAAAGAGGAGAGCACUUUUUUCAGAAAUUGAAAAGCUGAAAGAAUUACUGCACUGUCUAGAAAAAGAAGCAACUCCAGUCAAAAGAGGAGUAUUUACUGCGGCUGAGUUAUGUGAACAGCUAAAUUGUCUAAAGGCCAAGACUACAGAGUUGGAGGAAAUUGAAGGUCUUGUCUUGACACUUCUCAGGAACAGCCAAAGCUAUCAUAGGGAACUUAAAAUUUCCGAGCAGUUAUAUUUAAAUGACAUAUUAAGAAGUCUCAAGUCCAAAGCAAGAAGAAUUCGUAGAUUAGAGGAAAAAAAGUUUUUGCACACCGAAAAACUGUUAAAAAUUUGUAAUGAGUUUCAAGAAAGAACAACUUCCCUUAGCCGGGAAUUGAGUUCACUCCAGCCUAUUGAACCCGAGCUGCAUGAUGAGGCUGAAAAGCAAGCCGGGGAAGGUUUUGAAAAGGAAUUUCAAGUCUCCCAUAAUGCCAUCUCAUCAUCUCAAGUUCACUUGUCAGAGAUUUUGAGGUAUAAAGACUUGUUUGAAGAUAGUGGGCUUUACUGGGAUGGUUUAACUGUGGAUAAUCUACAGACUAAAUGCCUAAGUUUCCCGAUACAUAGAAGUGGUCACUUUGGUCAUUAUGAACCCGUGAAAGAACGAUAUCAAGAGCUUUUAGAAAAAGCCAAAGUGAUGUGUUUUUCGGUACAAAGAGAAGCGUUAGCCGUCACAACUGAUUUUGACAUGAUAGAGGCUCAAAUUUUAUGUAAAAAAAUUAAGACAAUAGGAAUAUUUGCCACUGAAGCACUGAGGUUGUUACCAGAGAAACAUGACAGCCAAGACACUCUCCAUGAUGAAGAAGCCACAGUAAGAGCCCUAGCAGAAAAUAUGGAUCAAUUACACCAAUCUCUCAGUCAGCUGAUAACUGAUUUUCACACAAUGGAAAAAAGUAUUCCAUAUCGGCUGGAACAAACUUUGUGUAAUUUAAGAAAAAUUCACCAAGAUCUUCAGCAGCCAUGUUUUGUUAAUUUGGACAGCUGUGAGAUCCAAGAGCAACUUCUAAGACUUGAAGCUCUUGAUGAAAUAUGCAAAUCUGAAUUAAAGGCUGCAAGUGCCAUGUCUACUCAGGCAUCUACAGAGGAGUUCCUUAAAAAGCUUACUGAAGUAGAGGACAUUGGAAAACAAGUUCAGAAGACCAUCGCUCAACAUAUUGACACCAUUAAGAAGACCUUCAAUGUCCUUCAAAAUCUUCAAAAAAAUAUUGCCAAACUAGCAGAGCUUUUCAGACAGUAUGAAGAAAAACUGCAAGAAAAUCCAGUGGAUUUUAUUGAUCAGGAGGACCACGUAGACCUCCUGAAUUCACAGCAAGAAGGAAUAAACAUUGCUAUAGCAGAGAUCCAUAAUAUUGUGAAACAGCUGAAAUCCAAUUGUAAUCCACAUGAUCAAGAGCAACUGGAUGACCUUGUGAAUCGGAUCACCAGCAAGAACAUGUUAUUGACUGAGAUGUUCGAAGGAAAACUAUCCGUGUUAUCCAGUUACCGUGAGAAGCACCUCCUGUUCAAAAGUAAUAAGCAGAAAAUUUGCAAGGAUCUUGAAGAGAUGGAAGCCAUUAUCAGAGAUUCCUUUUCUCAGAAGCCCGCAUCUUAUAAAGCUUCUUUAGCCCAAUGGGAGAAAAGCAAGACCAUGGUGACGAGGGUAAACGCGUAUGAAGAGGAAAUGCUGCAACUCAGACAAGAAGCAAGGGACCUGAGCGCCGUCAGCGGGGAUGACGUCUUGCUGCCUGACAAAGUGGUGGCUUCAUUAUGGGACAGAUGGCUGUAUCUCCUCGGUGUCUGCAGAGACUGGGAACUUUACUGCGAUGAAUUAAAGCAAGAGUGGAAAUUAAUUAGUGAACUGAUGGAGCGGGAGGUUAUACUUCUGGAUAACAGCCAAGAAGAAAUCCUGGAUAGACCUGACCUUAAACAGAGAACUGCAAAACUCCUGAAAACAGUCACUGAAAUCGGUUGGUUUGAGGAGAAUGUGAAGAUGCAGCAGCUGCAGCUGGUCCUCUUGAUGUCUCGCCUCCAGCAUAUUUUGGAGAAACCAGAGGACGACAUGGAGACUGAGAUUGCUGCACUGACCAAGGAAAUCAAUUCAAUGGAGGAAAAGUGUGAAAUACUUCUUCAGAAAUCUCAGAAAAAUAAUCAAGAACUUGUCGCAGAACUUGAAGACCGCAAAGCUUUUAAAGGGGAUUUCUUGGCUGUAAAACAAUCCCUUCAGCAAGUGUCUUCUAAACUGGACAGCCUGGAGCCAUCAGAUGCCGAGACUACCAGAGCAUCACUACAGGAGAUUCAGAGUUUGAUUGAGUCACAAAAGGAGGUGGCUAAACGUACAAUGGAAAAAGUCAGCGCCCGAUAUGCAGAACACGUCCCGGCUGAACUUCUUUCAGGGGCUGAGGCAUGUCAGCAGUAUGUGCAGGAGAUGGAAGAGAAGGUUAAAAACGAAAGUUUGCAGAGCUCUCCUGAGAAUGUAUUGAACAGAAAGUUGAAAGAGAUAAAAUCUGGUCUGCAGAGUAUUGAAGCUCACCUAACAGAGAAAAGACAAAAUAUCCUCCAAGCCAAAGAACUUCAGAAGAAAAUCUGGGAUGAAGUGGAUACGUGGCUCUCUAAACUGCACGCGCUGGAGGCUGAAGUUCAGGAGAUGGCUGAGGAGGAUCCCAACCAGGCCCAAGAGUGGAUGGACAAACUAACUGAACCAUUUAGUCAUUACCAGCAGGUCACACACCUUGUAGAACGCAGGACUGCAAAUCUGAACAAGGCGGCGAGUAAACUGGAGGAGUAUGAGGACACCCUGAGGAGCACGCAGGCCUGGAUCCAAAAUACGGAUAAGCUGUUGAAUGAAGAGAUGAAGGGUUCCUCUGCCAAGGUCCUGAACAAGCGCGUUGUCGCACUAGAGAUUGCACUUGAUGACUCUGAGCAGAAACAACAUCUCCUUGACUCCAUUCAUUCGGAGCUAAGCGAGCUGGCUCUUAUCUUUGAAACUGAAAGCGUUGUGGACCGUUCCUCUGACGUAAGAAGCAAAGUGCUGGACCUAAGGCAAAGGAUCCUGAAAGUCCUUCCAAAUAUCCAGCUCGUAGCUCAUGAGGUGGUGGCUAUAGAGGACGAGGUGAAGAAGAUGGAAAGGACGGUUAAUAAGAUUAAAACAAUUUUGACAUCUAAUGACAUUGAUGAUAUGACGCCCAAAGAUCACCACAUGCACGGACGGGUCAUGCUGGAGAACAUAAAUCACAUCAGAAAGACAAUAACUGAGAUAGAAGUUUAUAGGCCAACCCUUCCUUUAUCACAAUGUGGGGUGCAGUCCCUUUGCGUAUUAAGAAGAAUGGUAGUCGUCCUGAGAGAGGCUGAAAUGCUGGAGAACGUUAUCGUGGAGCAAAAUCAACUAUUGGAGCCUAUCAUAAGUGAAAUGUCAGAAUUGGAAAAAGAAUAUGAAAAAGCACAAACUUCCAGAGAAGAAUCUGCUGAUAUAAAGGAGAAGGCUGAGGUUCUCAAGAAACACAUGGAGAGACUAAACCAGAAAAAAGAAGUGAUUCUGCUUGCCCAACGCAACUUACUUAAUGAACAGCUUCAACACUUAAGGCUAGAGCCACAUGACCAAGACUUGGAGUCCAUGUUGUCUCCAAUAACCGAAGGCAUCCAUAAUGAGGCAGAAAGAUGGGAUUCCUAUUUCUUGCCAUCGUUGGCCGAGGAGACAGAAGACUCUACACUGGUUGUAGAGGCAGCAGACGACAGUACAGGAGUCCAUGUUGUGGAGCCUGAACAUGAAGAAGACGUGACUGAUCUUCCUCCAUCGUCCCAGGAACAGCUGGGAGAUGCCGGCCAAACCUUGGUUGACGUGCAGCCCGAAAUGAUCCUCAGUGACUGCCGGGGGAAGGUAACGGAGGUGGAGCGCUGGCUGCGGGAGGUGACGCUGUCACCAGGGGAGAGCAAGCAGCACCCGGAUAUGCUGCAGAGCGUGGAAGAGCAACUUGCUGAGUGUCAGAAAACCUUACAAGAAACAGAAAAGAAAAUCAACUCGUUGCUGGAGGAUGCCAACUACCGACAACAGGGAAACGGGACAGUGCUGGAAGAAGCAGAAGCUUUAUCUCUGAAGUUAAAGACUCUGAAGAACAGUUUAGAUAAAGUACAAGAAAUGCUCCUGGUCAAGUCUACCAGUGAACAGAUCCAUAAUGGUGUGAAGGAGGAGAAGGUACAGCAUUCGUUGCCAUCUAGAACUGCUGGUCCUGCUGAGAAGACUCACGUUUUCAGCACAGAAAUUGUGAAUAAGAAACAUCCUACUGAAAUCACAAUAUCGCAUGAAGAGAUUCACAUACCAUCGCACCCAAGGAGCCCAGCUGGGGAUGGGCCCUCAACUCCCACUAAGCCUCGAAGCAAAACUCCUUUGUCUGUGAUUGAAGAUAUUACCUGGAGCAAGUGGCUCUAUCUACAGAAGGAGCUGUCAUACAGAAUGAAGGCGACGUCUUCUGGACAUGCUAAUGAACCAGAUGCUGCAAAAGAAGUGAAGAUCAGCUUGAUAUCCAGAAUCCCAGUGAGUUCAGUAACAUCGCCCCUUGUAGAAGAAUCCAAGCAUUUCCUGACCCGGCUUAAGGCUUUGAAUGAAGAAGCCUCGUCUCCUCUGACUCAGGAGAGCACAAGAAAUCUACACGGAGCUCUGUUUGUUUGGAUGUGUUCAGUGUCCCAGUGGCUGCAGAACAUCGAGGAGAUGUUAGAUCUGGAUGUCCUGACCAGAGACGAAGCUGCUGCAGAGCUGACCUUCUAUGAGAAACUUACGGAGGAUUUGAAUGCACUUUCAGAGGAAAUGGGCUAUAACGCUAGCACCCUCUUAUCGCCAAUCACCCACGAGGGUGCGCACAGCAGCAUUUUGUCCCAAUGUUACAUUGACCUAAGGGACUGGCUCAUUCAGAUUCGGAAUACUGCUAAGGCCAGAACCAAACAUAUGCAAGGGGAACUGGAUAAACACAGUAACUAUCAGAAUGACAUCCGCCAGUUAUACGACGUCCUAGUGAAGAAGAAAUCUGACCUCAUCCAGAAGCUGAGAAACAGAGGGAAUUGUGAGGCAGCCCAGAUGAUUCAGGAAGCAUCUGUGUACGAGAAUGGACUUCUGAGCUUUGAAAACCAAGUUUCAUCCCUGAACGAGAGUGGAGAGAAGCUUUCCAUCCCUAUAUGCUCCAAUCAAGAGAUUCACAAACUGGAGGAUGUCCUAGAUGACGCCUGGCACAUUCUUCGAUCCAACCAGGAUAAGUGUAGCAGUGAGGUUAUUAAUAAGUCACAAGUGGACGCGCUGCUGUGUGCAAUGUCUGAGCUGCUGGCUUUGGGAAAAGAAAAAAUUGAAAAAAGUCAAGAAUAUCGUGGACGAAGUGAAGAAAGCCUGAAAGCCCAUAUAGAGAACCAUAGGAAAUUUUUCAGCCACCUGGACAGUCAAGUUCAAUUGCUCCAAGACCUGUCAUCACGGAAACCAAAUUCAGAUCUUAACAAGGAAUGCAUAACGAUUGUGACGCAAGAAGCAGAAGCUCUGAGACAACAGUCGGAUGACCACUGUAUUCAUAUGAUUGUUUUAAUGAAGAACUGGAAAGACUUUGACUCAAGAUAUGAUUAUCUCAGUAAGAAAUAUGACGCUCUGGAAGCCAUGAUCCCUACGAGUAGUUUGGUGGAGGAAUCGAUAGAAAGGGUCACAGAACGGCUAAAAGUUUACCAGAAAAUUCUGAAGAAUAUCGAUGAGAAUGAAUCCCGACUGAGCCAGAUCAUUGUGGCUGGUAAGAAGUUACAAAGCGCAGUGGCUUGUCCAGAACUGGACGGACAGAUUAACAAGAUGGAACAGCAGUGGUCACAACUCACCAAGAAAGUCAACCAUGAACUGCACAGACUGGAGUCUCUUAUUAGCCAUUUGGCAAGUUAUAACAAGGACUCAUCUGAAUUGUCGGCAUGGCUGAUCUCUGCCCGCCAGAGGUUGAGCAGUAGCAAGACGCAGUCGCUGGAUGCUUCUCAGAAGCUGAACACCAUCAAAACCAACUUGAACAACUUUUUUGAAUUUACAAAUGAUGUGGACCAGAAAUCUUCUUUGAAGACCUCAGUGGUGAAUACUGGUAACCAGCUCCUCCGGCUGAAGGAAUCUGAUACUUCAGUCCUGAAACUGAGCUUGACAAGAUUUGAGGAAAGUUGGACGGAUCUUAUAGGAGCAUUGCCUGCUACUCAAGACAAACUGCAACAACAACUUGUGGAGAAACUUCCAUCCCUUGAAGCAAUCAGAGAAUUAAUGGACUGGAUGAAAGAAGACAAUGAGAUAAGAGAACUUCAAUCUCUAGAGAACAUCCCAACCACCACAGCUGACAUCAGAUGCCUUCUGCAGAGAUAUAAGGCUCUGAGAAGAGAAAUGAGCCACAGGCAGUGGACUGUCGAUUAUGUCAACCAGUCAUUACUCCAGCUUAGUGUGGGCGAUGUCGAGAGCAAACGCUAUGAGCGGACAGAGCUUGCAGAACUCCUGGGCACCUUGAAUCUACAAUGGAACCAAAUGCAGGGAAAUAUCAAUGCAAAGAUUCAGCACUUGGAGCAAGCACUUGAGAGCAUAUCAGACCAAGAAAGUAGGAGUCAGACAGUACGCAAUUGGUUUGAUGCCCAACAGCAAAGACUGAAAAAAUUGCAUAGGCCAUCAAGUAUAACAGCUGCGGAGAGUGUGUUGGCAGAGUGCGCGGUGCUCGAGGAACAGCUGAAAGCCAAAUCCAAUGCAAUUCAGGAACUGGACGCAAACAGUAUGGCCACAGGAGGCCGGAAUAUUUCUAGUGAAGGGGUAUUGACAAGGGAAGCUCUGUUGAAGAAAAGGGAUCAAAUUUCCGAACUGGUUGCAGAGUUAAAGGCAUCCACUCUCUCGGUGCUCGAGCAUUGGAAAAAGUAUAAUGAAAAUUAUGGACAGAUAGAGAGGAUGAUUGUCAAGCUUCAACAUGUUCUUGACCAAACAACAGGUCCUUCUGGAUCCAUGAACUGUCUGAAUCAGCGGUUACAGAGGUUACAGGCAAUUCAAGAGGAAGUUGAGCAACACGAAGAAAAAUGGAGUAGACUUCGAGAGUCUCUGAGUAGCUUGAAGUCUCUCUGUAGUCGGUCAGCUGUGGACAUCCUAGAACAGGAGUGCAGAGACAUUCAUAACAGGUGGACCAUUGCAGCUGAGGAACUCUCCGAGCAUCUACGAGCAGCGAAAUCUUUACAACAAGUAUGGAAGGAUUAUACUGGAUCAUGUUUGGAGCUGGUGCCACAUAUAGAGCAAGUGGAAGACAAGUGUGAACAGCUCUUAUGUGCCAAACUUUCCGAAGACAAAGCAAGUGACACCUUGAAACAAAGGAUCCAGGAUCUAAGAGCGCUGGAACAGAAUCUGCAAGGAUUAAGGGCGCACAACCUACAGGUUUCUGAGCUGUCAGACAAGGUGCUGCGCCAAAAUCCUGCGGCCAGAAACGUCAUUCAGUCGGAGAGACAGAACACCUCGCAUCGAAUAGCUCACUUGGAGAGGAGAGUGUCUUCAAAGGCGGCGGAGUUGAUGUCCAUUCAGAAUGAAGUUGAAUCCUUCAAGAGUGACCUAGAUAAACUCCAAUCAAGCAUCAAGUCAUCAGCCGACGUUGUCAGCCACGUAUAUCACACUGAGGAGGAGAAGGAGGAGCGAUCUGAAGUGAUCAAGAGGCAACUCUUGGAGCUCCGUGAAUUGACCUCUGAUGUUGAGCGCUUGAAUGAGGAGAUGUUCAGUCUUCCCCUCGGUGACCGUAGCCAGAUGUCGCUGCAGAAUCUGAAUCGUAUGUGGGCUAAAACAAUAGCGGCAGCUCUGGAAGACUGCAGGCAACAUCGGAUGAUUGAGCUUGAAAAAAAUAACUUCAUCCAGAAUUACGAGAUCUGGAUGCUGUGUCUUGAGAAGAUGGAAAACAGUCUGACAGAGGGGAUUGCAGGGACCUUUGAAGCCCUGAGAAAGCAACAAGAAAUCUAUGAGAGGCUUCAGGCUGAGAUCACCAUAAAUGAGCACAUCUUACCUUCCUUUGUGAACAAAGCAUUGAGCGUCUUGGAGGAUGAGCAAAACAGGAACGAGCUUAUUCUAAAGCUUACCUCCUUAAAAGAGAAGUGGCAGAGCGUGAUCAGGUUGGUGCAGCAGAAGAAGAAGGAGAUAAGUGCCCUUCUGAAGCAAUGGUGGCAGUUCAGAGUCUCCAAGCAAAGCCUGGAGCAGCACUUACGUGACACACAAGAAGCCGUAUCUACUGUCCGCCGUCAGACAGCUCACAGUUUAAUCAACACCAAGAAACUCAUGUUUGACUUUAAGGACAAGGAGAGACAUCUCAGGAGGUUACAGCCAAGCUACCGUACCACGCUCAGCAACUGUAAGGACAUCUUGUCAGUCGCAGAGCCAGAAGCUAAGGAGGUCCUUCAACAAGAUGUCAACCAGCUUCAGGAGCUUUGGCAGAGCACCGCAGAGCAGCUAAAGGCCAUUCUUACACAUUUCGGUGGAAUUUCUCAGAAGAGACGCAAUUUUGAAUGUAAGAUGGAGGAGAAAAGAAAAAAUCUUCAGGACCUGAAAGGGAAAGUGGAUAAACCCCUUCCGACGCUUCACGAGGAGCUACAGACGGCUAAGGGGCCGCUAAAGGAGCUGGAGGAAGCCCUGGAUGAGUGGGGAGAUAGUUUAAAAGAUCUGGACGACAUGAAGUCGGAGUUAUCCCAGUAUAUCAUCGCGGAGGACGGCGCCGUCCUCAACAAUCAAGUGGAGGCUUUACAUCGGCAAUGGGAAGAGCUCUGCCUAAGGGUGUCUAUGAGGAAGCAGGAGAUCGAGGACCGUCUCAAUGCCUGGAAUGUAUUCAGCGAAAAGAACAAGGAGCUGUGCGAAUGGCUGACGCAGAUGGAGAGCAAAGUGUUGCAGACGGGUGACGUGAACAUCGAGGAGAUGAUCGAGAAGCUGCAGAAGGACUGCAUGGAAGAAAUCAACCUCUUCAGCGAAAAUAAACUUCACUUGAAGCAAAUCGGGGAGCAGCUCAUCAACGCCAGCAACCAGGCGCGCUCCAAAGAGAUCGAGAACAAGCUGAAUAAAGUCAACGACCGCUGGAAGCACCUAUUCGAUGUGAUCGGCUCGCGUGUAAAGAAACUGAAGGAGACGCUCGUAAUCAUCCAGCAACUCUACAAAAACAUGAGCAACCUGCGCACUUGGCUGGCUCGCAUUGAGUCUGAACUAUCCAAGCCCGUCAUCUACAGUAUCUGCGAUGACCAGGAGAUAAACAAGAAGCUCGAAGAGCAAAGGGACUUGCAGAAGGACAUCGAGGUGAACAGCCCAGGGGUGGCAUCUGUGCUGAAUAUCUGUGAGCGCCUGCUGCAUGAUACAGAUGCUUGUGCCAACGAGACCGAAUGCGAUUCCAUACAGCAGACCACAAGGAGCCUCGAUAAGCGAUGGAGAAACAUCUGCUCCAUGUCAAUGGAGAGGCGGAUGCGGAUUGAGGAAACCUGUCGUCUGUGGCAGAAAUUCCUAGAAGACUACUCCCGAUUUGAUGAAUGGCUUAAAGAAGCUGAAGCAAUGGCCGCAUCCCCCGGUUCUUCUGAUGUUCUGUAUACCAAAGCCAAAGAGGAGCAGAAGAAGUUUGAGGCAUUCCAGAGGCAGAUCCACGAGCGUCUUACUCAUCUAGAGCUGAUCAACAAGCAGUACAGGAGGCUCGCCCGAGAGAACAGGACCGACGCCGCCAGCAGACUGAAGCAGAUGGUGCAUGAAGGAAACCUGAGGUGGGAUCAACUCCAGAAGAGAGUGACUUCAAUUCUGAGGAGGCUUAAGCACUUUACCAGCCAAAGAGAAGACUUUGAGGGGACAAGAGACUGCAUCCUGGUAUGGCUCACAGAGAUGGACUUGCAGCUUACAAACGUGGAACACUUCUCAGAAAGCGACAUUGAGGAGAAAAUGCAACAGUUAAUAGGCUUCAAACAAGAAAUAACACUAAACGCCAAUAAAAUUGAUCAACUGAUCGUUUUUGGGGAGCAGUUGAUACAGAAAAGCGAAGCGAUGGAUGCUGUGAUCAUUGAGGAUGAACUGGAGGAGAUUCAUAGAUAUUGCCAAGAAGUGUUUGGACGGGUGUAUAGAUUCCAUGACAGGCUGACGUCAAGGAAUUCGAAUUUUGAAGAAACCUCUGAGAAUGAUACAGAUGGCGAAGAUUCAAGAGAGAUCCAGAACUCGUCGUGGCACUCCACAAUACCGGACGUUGAGACAUCCCACCCAUCUCUCUGCCAUUUAAUGCCCCCGACUCUCCCACAUGAGAGAUCUGGUCGAGAAACUCCCGUCAGUGUUGACUCUAUCCCUCUGGAAUGGGAUCCAACUGUAGAUGUUGGAGGCUCUUCCAUGCAUGAGAAUGAGGAGGACGGGACCUACUACAACCCCUUAUCAGAUGUAGAAAUUGCUGAAAGCCCUGAAGCCUAUGUCAUAAUGACAACAAAAACUGUCCAGGCAUCUUCUGGAAAAUCAGACCUGGAGACUCCAUCUUGGCAUUCUCCAGGUAAACAUGUGGCAGCUGUGAAAAUGGACUUUAAGGAAGAUAAAAAGACGACGGGACUUGCGAUUGCUGCACCAGAAACCAGCACUUUGUUAAAUCCGUCUUCUAUGGCUCAGGAAACCAUGUCAAGUCCUGCUGGAGAGAUCGACCUUAGAACAGUCAACUCCACCAGUCAACUGGAAGACAAAGGACUUCAAGGAAUGAAAAGACCUGAAACGCAUUCAGGUGUCAUUGAGCGUUGGGAAAUUAUUCAAGCGCAAACCUUCAGCAAUGAACUCGGCAAGAAGCAAAGCUCCCAGCGGUGGCAGCAACUCGAUGCUGACUUGGAUAAUAUCACUCUGUGGUUGGAUAAGACGGAAGUAGAACUCGAACAAGCCAAAAGGCUGAAGCCAUCGUCUACCAUCCAAGAGCUGGAACAAAACGUGACAAUGCUUAAGGACAUGUUGAAAGCAUUUGAUGAGUAUAAAGCCCUUGUGAUGUCUGUAAACCUGAGCAGUAAAGAGUUUCAGCUCGAAGAUGAGGAGCUGGAAUCUAAGGAUGUUCUGAAUAGACUUCACAUGGUGAAUGUGCGCUGGGAACGAGCUUGCAGUGAACGGGAUAGUUGGAGGGAGAGCUUACAACGUGACCUUCUACAGUGUGAGGAAUUCCAAGAGCGGAGUGAUCAGCUGCUGUUGUGCUUGACUGAAGCUGAAGAACGUAGACUCAAAUACCGCGUGACGGAGAUCACUGGAGACCCACAUGUCUUGCUGGAGAGUCAGAGGAAUCUGCUGCAACUAAAGGAACAGCUACUGGAGAGACAAAGCGGAGCAGACGCCCUUCAGGAUUUGUUGAGGACCUUGCUGAGCAGCUCCUGCGGUGCAGGAUACGUCGAGGCAGAGGAGAGGAUGCAUGUCAUCAGAACCCGACUGAGGCAGCUCCUCAAGGACGUCUCCCAGGACUUGUCUGCAGUGCAGAAGGCUCUGGACACGUCAGCAGCUGAUGAAGUUGAUUCUCUGAUCUCCUCGUCCUCCCGCAUGGAGACCGCAGUUGGAACAGCAAGAAAAGACUCUACCAGGACAAGAAAAGCCCAAGACAAUGUCCAGGAGGCCCCAAGGAAGAGGUCUUUCUUCUGCAGAGUGUUGCGAGCCGCUUUCCCCCUACAGCUGCUCCUGCUUCUCUUACUCUUCUUCGCCUGCAUGAUUCCCGUCUCCGAGGAGGACUUCAGCUGUGCCCACGCUAACAAUUUUGCCAGGUCUUUUUACCCAAUGCUGAGAUACACUAAUGGCCCCCCUCCUACAUAGUUCCACCCCUUCCGAUGAAACGACAUUCCAAUACUGUGCCCACAGCAGCACCAGCAAAUCAUGGGGUAGUCGGAGGCACACAGUCCUCACCUCCCAUCAUCCUUCAUUUCACUUUGACAUUUCCCUUCUUGGCGUCAAAGCUGCAGGUUGGCGCUUCAGGCAGCGGGAGGGCAGGAGGCUCACUCAUUUGCAUGCACGUAGUAACUUUAUAUCAAUGUAUUUGGUGGCAGUUUCUACAAAUAUAGCCUUUUUACAUAUUUUUAGAUGAUGCAAUUGUGUUUCCUUUCCUAUUUUUACUGGAGAAGUUUUAUCGCAUGGAUGUGGCUUUUAUUUCUUUUAUUUAUGUGAAAUUUUAACGUUAAUUAUAUAAAUUAGCACAUUUCUUAAAUGGGCCCAUCUGCAUUCAGAAUAAUAAUUCAUGAUGUUGUACAGAGCAAUGUGCUUUUCUACAGAUUUGUUGUACAGUCAGAUAUAUUUGGCUUCUUUUUUUUUUUAACGUUUCCUUUUUAAGCCAUUUUUGAAAUCAUGAAACGUAUUGGGCUGAAGGUCAUUUAUUGUUCAAGACAUUCUUAAUAUAUUGUGUAAGAUGGCGUUACACAUCCCACCAGCUGGGAAGGGGUCGCGGGAUAUUGAUUCAAUAAACUUCAGAUGACCUUUGUAAUAAUUA